AUGGCUGGGGAAGGCGUUAAUAAGGUGGAGGAGAUCAGAAAGGCCCAGCGGGCGAGUGGGCCGGCCACCGUGCUGGCCAUCGGCACUGCAACUCCGGCCAACUGCGUCUACCAGGCCGACUACCCUGACUAUUACUUCCGCAUCACCAACAGCGAACACAUGACCGACCUCAAACUCAAGUUCAAGCGCAUGUGUGAGAAGUCGAUGAUAAGGAAGCGUUACAUGCACGUGACGGAGGAGUAUCUAAAAGAGAAUCCAAACAUGUGCGCCUACAUGGCCCCUUCCCUCGAUGCUCGGCAAGACAUUGUGGUGGUAGAAGUCCCCAAGCUGGGCAAAGAAGCUGCCUCCAAGGCCAUCAAGGAGUGGGGCCAGCCCAAGUCCAAGAUCACUCACCUCGUCUUCUGCACCACUUCCGGAGUCGACAUGCCCGGAGCCGAUUACCAACUCACCAAGCUCCUCGGCCUCCGCCCCUCCGUCAAGCGAUUUAUGAUGUACCAGCAAGGUUGCUUCGCCGGCGGCACUGUCCUUCGUCUCGCCAAGGACCUCGCUGAGAACAACAAGGGCGCCCGCGUCCUCGUCGUCUGCUCCGAGAUCACUGCCGUCACCUUCCGUGGCCCCUCCGACUCCCACCUCGACUCCCUCGUCGGCCAAGCUCUCUUCGGCGAUGGAGCGGGGGCGGUGAUUAUUGGAGCUGAUCCGGACGAGAAGGUUGAGAGGCCUAUGUUCGAGCUCGUGUCGGCUGCGCAAACCAUACUUCCAGACUCGGAAGGGGCCAUCGACGGCCACCUGAGGGAAGUAGGUUUGACUUUCCACUUGCUCAAGGAUGUGCCUGGUUUGAUUUCUAAGAACAUCGAGAAAUCGCUCGUGGAGGCGUUCAAGCCCAUUGGGAUUAGUGACUGGAACUCGUUGUUCUGGAUAGCGCAUCCUGGUGGGCCUGCUAUUUUGGACCAGGUGGAGGAAAAGCUCGGGCUAAAGCCCGAGAAGAUGAGGGCUACUCGAGAGGUAUUGAAGGAGUACGGCAACAUGUCCAGUGCAUGCGUGCUUUUCAUAUUGGACGAGAUGAGGAAGAAGUCGGCAGAGGAAGGGAAGCUAACGUCCGGUGAAGGGCUGGAGUGGGGAGUUCUUUUCGGGUUUGGACCAGGUCUCACCGUCGAGACCGUCGUGCUCCAUUGUCUCCCUAACGCUGUUGCCGCUACAGCGUGA